AUGACCAAGAUCAAGAACAUGGCGCCCUGCGACCCAGACAAGCAAGCCACACAAGAUCAGUCGCAGAAGCCGGCUGAUGUCGACAGCCUUGCUGGCGCCUUCGAAGUCGUCUCCCUCGGCGACAUCUUCACGCCCGCCAACUCCAAGGCGGUCAGCACUAUCGACGACAACGAAAGCUCCAAGAUCAAGGUCGAGACCCCUGAGAAGGCCUCAAACAUCCACUCCCCGCUCCGCCUACGAGGCUCUCCCACAGCUGGCGACGACAAGACCAAGGAUGACACCGUCGGCGACGGCAAGCCCGUCCACGUCAAGGUCGAGAAGAGCAAGUGUGUCUACACUGAGAUCGAGAAGAACAAGCCUGUCUACACCAAGGCCGAAAACAACAAGCCAAUCCCCAGUUCUCCGCCGUACUACACUCCACCAACGUCGCCCAGCGGCGCACGUCUCGCCCGCAAGAUCUGUCGCUCCUGCCAGACACCCGCCGUGAAGUGCAUCACUAGCAUCUUCAACGAGAACGGCAAUGCCGGACGACCCUACUGGGCCUGCCCAAACCGACAGUGUGAGGCCACCAAGAAGAGUGACUUCGAGAAAGGCUGGGUCAGCUGGGGCGAUAGCAAAGGCAUUGAUGACAAGAAUCCUACCUGCUUCUGCGACGUUCCGAGUCGUCAGGACAGAAUCUGCAAGGACGGAGGCAAGAAGGGAUUGGGCUUCUGGACUUGUGCUGAAGGCGAGUGCGACUACUACUCUGAGGAUCUCUUUGGCGUCUUCAACGCAGAGGUCACCCGGUACUUCUGGCCCUGGUUGGUAUGA